AUGGGCACCAUUCUACACAAUAUGGGCACCACUCUUCACAAUAAGGGCACCACUCUUCACAAUAAGGACACCACUCUACACAAUAAGGGCACCACUCUACACAAUAAGGACACCACUCUACACAAUAAGGGCACCAUUCUACAUAAUAAGGACACCACUCUACACAAUAAGGGCACCACUCUUCACAAUAAGGACACCACUCUACACAAUAUGGGCACCACUCUUCACAAUAAGGACACCACUCUACACAAUAAGGGCACCAUUCUACACAAUAAGAGCACCACUCUACACAAUAAGGGCACCACUCUACACAAUAAGGGCACCAUUCUACACAAUAUGGGCACCACACUUCACAAUAAGGGCACCACUCUUCACAAUAAGGACACCACUCUACACAAUAAGGGCACCAUUCUACAUAAUAAGGACACCACUCUUCACAAUAAGGACACCACUCUACACAAUCAGGGCACCAUUCUAUAUAAUAAGGACACCACUCCUCACAAUAAGGGCACCAUUCUACACAAUAAGGACACCACUCUUCACAAUAAGGGCACCGCUCUACACAAUAAAGGCACCAUUCUACACAAUAUGGACAUCACUCUUCACAAUAUGGGCACCACUCUUCACAAUAAGGGCACCACUCUUCACAAUAAGGGCACCACUCUACACAAUAAGGGCACCACUCUACCCAACAAUGGCACCACUCCUCACAAUAAGGGCACCACUCUACCCAAUAAGGGCACCACUCUACACAAUAAGGGCACCACUCUACACAAUAAGGGCACCACUCUUCACAAUAAGGGCACCACUCUACACAAUAAGGGCACCACUCUUCACAAUAAGGGCACCACUCUACCCAACAAUGGCACCACUCCUCACAAUAAGGGCACCACUCUACCCAAUAAGGGCACCACUCUACACAAUAAGGGCACCAUUCUACACAAUAAGAGCACCACUCUACACAAUAAGGGCACCAUUCUACACAAUAAGGGCACCAUUCUACACAAUAAGGGCACCACUCUACACAAUAAGGGCACCAUUCUACACAAUAAGGGCACCACUCUACACAAUAAGGGCACCACUCUACACAAUAUGGGCACCACUCCUCACAAUAAGGGCACCACUCUUCACAAUGAGGGCACCACUCUACACAAUAAGGGCACCAUUCUACACAAUAAGGGCACCACUCUACACAAUAAGGGCACCACUCUACACAAUAUGGGCACCACUCUUCACAAUAAGGGCACCACUCUACACAAUAAGGGCACCAUUCUACACAAUAAGGGCACCACUCUACACAAUAAGGGCACCACUCUACACAAUAAGGGCACCAUUCUACACAAUAUGGACACCACUCUACACAAUAAGGGCACCACUCUACACAAUAUGGGCACCAUUCUACACAAUAAGGGCACCAUUCUACACAAUAAGGGCACCACUCUACACAAUAAGGGCACCAUUCUACACAAUAUGGACAUCACUCUUCACAAUAAGGGCACCACUCUUCACAAUGAGGGCACCACCACUCUACACAAUAAGGGCACCAUUCUACACAAUAUGGACAUCACUCUUCACAAUAAGGGCACCACUCUUCACAAUAAGGGCACCACUCUACACAAUAAGGGCACCACUCUACACAAUAAGGGCACCAUUCUACACAAUAAGGGCACCACACUAAACAAAAGGGCAUCACUCUUCACAAUAAGGGCAUCACUCUUCCUACCUUGCUACCUUGUUGUGGUAAACCUUGGCUGGUGCACAUGCAAACAGCGAAAUGCACAUACUGUGCUUCAAUAA